GUUUUGAUCUCUCUCCUUAUGAUUUUUGCGUGCUGCCGUUAGUAUUAUAGAUAGAAUAGAUAUAUUAUGUAAUCUGUGGCAUUAAAUCUGAGCUUCUCUGAGCCACUCGUUGAUAACAUGAUUUGGUUGCAAGAGGCUGGCUAGAAAGAAACCUGGUGUCCUUCUUCCCCAUUAAUAAUAAUAAUCCAGUCUUCUUGUACUAUAGUGAUUGCUCCACGGUAAACUAAUACAUAAUAACGGUUGGUUAAAUAGUUAGUUAAUAGACUUGAAGAGUGGUCACAUCACAGCAACGUCUUCUUCAUUAUUGGCAGGUUGUUGGUGCGGAACGAAGCAAUAAGACAGCAAUACUUACAUUUAGCACGUAAAAGGUAAUUGUCCUACUUAAGCACUACUACUGCACAUCAAACAAAGGAAAUCGACAACGAUGGGUGGAAAAUGGUCAAAGUUGAGCCCGGAGGAAAUACCGGUACCGGAGAUUCAACAAUUAUUGGACAGGGAUCCGUACCUGAAACCGUAUGAAAAGGACAUUCGGCGCAGAUAUGGCGUCUAUUUGGACUGGGUGGACGGAAUAGAUGAACAAGAGGGUGGGUUCGAAAAAUUCACCCGAGCUUAUGACGAAUAUGGAAUUCAUGCUCAAGCUGACGGUUCGAUUAAGUGUCGAGAAUGGGCACCGGGCGCAGAGGCAUUAUUUCUUACUGGAGACUUUAAUAAGUGGAACCGGACAGAGUUUCCUUACACCAAGGAGGAGUAUGGCAAGUGGUCACUAACAAUUCCUCCUAAUUCUGAUGGCACCCCUAGAAUCAGACAUCUCAGCGAAAUUAAGGUUGUCGUUAAAGAUAAGCAAUGGAAUCUAUGGGAUAGAAUCUCACCAUGGGCCACGUACGUCGUGCAACCCCCGAAGGAACAAGGAUACGUUUUUAAAUGGCUAUUUUACAAUCCUCCAGCGGAGAAAAAAUAUGAAUUUAAGCAUCCAAGACCCCAAAAAACUUUGAGCUUAAGGAUAUACGAAAGCCAUGUUGGUAUCGCUUCGGACGAGCCCCACGUGGCGACAUAUGACCACUUUACAGAUGAGGUCAUUCCUCGCAUUGUAAAAUUGGGGUAUAACACAAUACAAAUGAUGGCCGUAAUGGAGCACGCUUAUUACGCCAGUUUUGGAUAUCAAGUCACCUCUUUUUAUGCGGCAUCAAGUCGAUACGGAACGCCGGAGCAGCUAAAAAGACUGGUUGAUGUGGCUCAUCAAAAUGGACUUAACGUCCUCCUGGACGUUGUUCAUUCCCAUGCUUCCAAGAAUGUGUUGGACGGUCUGAAUCAGUGGGAUGGUACUAAUGCUGGCUAUUUUCAUGACGGAGCCAAAGGUGAACAUUGUCUCUGGGAUUCUCGUCUGUUCAAUUACAACAAUCAUGAGGUCCUCCGAUUUCUCCUCUCCAACCUGAGGUGGUACUUGGAAGAGUAUAAAUUUGAUGGAUUUAGAUUUGAUGGCGUGACUUCUAUGCUGUAUCAUACUCACGGAAUGGGUCACGGAUUUUCUGGAGAUUACAACGAAUACUUUGGCAUGAACACUGAUACGGAUGCAGUCGUGUAUCUAAUGCUCUCUAAUGCCAUGAUUCAUCAAUUGUACCCGAACGCCAUCACUAUUGCUGAAGAUGUAUCCGGGAUGCCUGGAAUCUGUCGACCUGUCACUGAAGGCGGAGUAGGGUUUGAUUAUCGGCUAGCAAUGGCCAUCCCAGACAAGUGGAUAGAAAUUCUCAAGAAAUUCAAGGACGAAGACUGGGACAUUGCUAAUAUAAUUCACACGUUGACUAAUCGACGUUGGAUGGAGAAGGCAGUUUCAUACGCUGAAAGUCACGAUCAGGCUCUGGUUGGGGAUAAAACUCUUGCCUUUUGGCUGAUGGAUAAAGAAAUGUAUACGCACAUGUCUACCCUAUCGGAAUCCACCCCGGUGAUAGAACGUGGGAUUGCACUCCAUAAAAUGAUUCGACUCUUAACUUGCGGACUGGGUGGAGAAGCAUAUCUCAAUUUUAUUGGCAACGAAUUCGGUCAUCCUGAAUGGCUCGAUUUUCCUCGUGAAGGAAACAACGAUUCGUACCACUAUGCCCGACGACAAUUUAAGCUGGUUGACGACGAGAUGUUAAAGUACAAGUUUCUUGCAAAGUUUGACGCUGCUAUGAAUCACUUGGAAGCAAAGUAUGGUUGGCUCCACAAGGAUUCUGGUUUCGUGAGCGUGAAGCAUCAAGGGGACAAAGUGAUAGUUUUUGAACGAGGUGGUUUAGUAUUCGUCUUCAACUUCCAUCAUUCGAGCAGCUUUCCGGACUACAAAAUCGGUGUGGACGUGGCUGGCAAGUACAGGAUAGUGUUGGACAGUGAUGAACAAGAGUUUGGUGGUCACCAUAGGUUAAAUCACUCCACGGACUAUGACACGAUGAAUGAAGGGUUUGCCGGCCGACGUCACUCAAUGAUGGUGUACAUCCCAUCCCGGACUGCGUUCGUCUUGGCCAAGGUGGACUAGCAGAAGAGAAGGCCUAAGAAAAUACAAUCAAGUUGCAAUCAUCAUCAUCAUCACCGUUGUCAAUCAAUAUAAAUUAAAUGAACAUAUUUUUGUCAUUGUUUUAUCAACUUUAGUCACUGAAGAAGUCACUGCUCAGAUUUUUAAUGUGGUGCCAAAAACACAAAAUUUAUCAAAACUGAUUCACUACAUAUACUGAAUGGCUGCUAUUUGGGUGCCUUGUAACACAACGAAGUACAUGCAAAAAAGUAGAACUAUAUUAUUAAGUACAUGUAAUGUUGAUGUGAGAAAUGCUUUAUUACAAACAUAAUGAGACUAUCUCAAUAAAUCAAGUGAUACAUACAUUUGCUGCCAAUCAAG